AUGGCAUCAUGGUCGUACAUCACUCAAAUGUAUACACUUUAUGUGCUUAUUCCAUGCUGCUGUAUAGGUUUUUUUGGUAGUUUAAUGAAUACAAUUAUACUUUCAACUUCACGUAUAUAUCGUACUCAGCCAUGCACAUUCUUUCUACUUAUAGCAGCGAUUGCACAAUCUGUGCAGUACUUGGUUUCAGGAAUAUCUCGUAUUUCUGCUAUUGGCUUUGAUAUAGAUUUAACUCUUCUCUCACCUGGGUGGUGCAAAAUAAAGGCAUAUCUUAUUGAUACUUGUCUUGGUGUGGCAAUGACAUGCGAAUGGUUAGCAACAAUUGAUCGUUUUCUGAUGACCUCACGAUCAGCUAAUCUACGACAAUUGAGCAAGAUCAAAUGGGCUUAUUGUAUUAGUGCUGGUGUAGUUGUUUUCUGGAUACUUACAUGUAUACCAGAUCUUAUUUUCACUUAUAUAAGUUCGAAUGUUUGUGCCAAUUACAAUGAGAUCUGGGGAACUUACUAUAAUUAUGUUGAUAAUUGGCUUCUCUAUACAGCAGUUCCACUGGUUACUGUCAUUGUAUUUGGUACACUUGCCUAUCGAAAUAUGCGUACUUUAACAAAUACACGUCAAUUACAAGGAGCUGAUCGUCAACUUUCCUAUAUGAUUUUUGGACAAAUAAUAAUAAUUAUUAUUUCUAUCUUGCCCGGUACUAUUUUCGAUGUAUACUCAUCGGCAUCAGUCUCUGUGAACAAAACGGCGGAACAAGAAAAUAUUGAAUAUUUCAUCUUUAAUAUUGUCAAUUCUUUAGGUAAUCUCACAUAUGGAAGUGGUUUCUAUGUAUUUCUCAUUGUCUCAAAAACGUUUCGCCAACAAGUCAAACGCUGUUUUUGUUAUUUUGGCAAAAAUACAAACGAUGUGACACCUGUAAAUACGAAAAUGACUCCUGGUAGAGCAAACAUUACAUAA